GCAUCUACCCGCCCGUAUCAUCGGUGUGUGCCAGCAGAAUGAAAUCGCAAGAAGCAUCAAGGAAAUAUCGUAACAUGAGUGAAAUAAAUUGGAUAUGUUGCCGACAGCAUAUCCACUGGUGAAAGGUGCAUUGAGGCUGCCUUUCGGUGCGAUUGCUUGGUUCUACCGCAUACUCAUUCAUUGAAAUCUCGCUUUUGACGCUGUGUAAUACUUAUAUACGCGCGUGCUGUCCCUUCCACCUUUCUUGAUUCGUCAGCCUUUCUCUUCUGUAACACGAAAUGGAGGACGAAAACCAAGCUUCCAACGUACAACUUCAGAGUUCUGAGCAUGAAGAAAUCAUUGAAGAACAGUCCGGAGAGAAAUCUCCAAUCAAUGAGGUUUGCGAAAUUAGUCCUCCUGAAACUUCAGGAAUUGUAACUCCAGAAGUCGAAACUCCAGAGGAAGAUCUUUCUGAUAUUGACGCACGGUCGGAUGAAAACUCACCAUGCAAAGAAACCUACGACGGCGGGGUUACUCAAUCUACUACAAGUGGAGAUUCUGCAGAGAACAAAACUCAGGAGAAUAAGCUUCCUAAUUCGCCCGAUCAUGACUUGCAGCUUUCCACCACAGGCAUCCUCGAUGAAGAAUUUUCCGGGCCCAGAGUUCUUGCUGAUUCCCUUGAGAUCGAAGUCGCUCAACUCUCGGAGCACUUACCUGAGCCGGUUGAGAUUGAGGUUCCUCAACUUCUGAGCCCUUCACCCGAGCCCAUUGACAUUGACAUUCCAGAACGAUCUGACUGUUCAUCUGACGCACCCCAGUUACCUGAUUUAUCCAACAACGAACCCCAAGAUCACAGUGGAUCCGAUGCAGACAACGAGUGUUCUGAUGAAGAGCCCCCUAGAGCUCUCGGAGACUGGCAACUUCGCCAAGUAGCAGAGAACGCGCUUGAAAUCGCUUUAGAUAUCUCUACUCCCAAAGCACUAUUACCAUCGAUAAGCGACCCAAACAUCUGCAAACCCCGGACUCCGCUUCCCGAGCGUGUGUGGCGCCCAUCCUCAACCGAUCCCAUGCGUGCGAACAAACCAAAAUGCCCGCCAUGCGAACGAAAGAAGAAGAGAUUUGAUUGUUUGGGAAGCCCUCCUUGUAAUGAGUGUAGCAAGAGGAAUAUGACGGCCGAGCAAUGUUCUACAUUUGCAUUUGUAAGACGACGGGGGAAGAAGAGGCUGCAAGAUGACGAUGGUAUGGCUGCACAAAAGGGUGGGAAAAGAGGCAAGAGGAGAUGAGAAGUAUUUCCUGGAAUUACUGCUCGUGGAAGAGUUCCUUCUCGAAGUAAAACAUAGUUGGGAAUGAAGGUGAUAAAUUUGAUAGUAGUGGCUGGAAUUGGUAGAUUUUGAGAGUCAAUAUGGUUUAAUGUCAUGCUUAAUUUAGAGACGAACAUUAAUUGGUGGAAAAUUUGUAACCCCGUUCCAAUGUUAAAGCCUUGUUAUGCUUCUUCAGAAUGCGAAUGUCUUCCCUAGGCAAACACGAGAUGAUGCGGUCUGCGAAAGUAAGACCGAGAAACAAGAAAACAUGCUCAGUGGAUUGCAAAGUGAGUGUGUAAGGUAUAUUGGAGAUCAAAAUCAUGAGAUCA